AUGUCAGACUCAAUUGAACAAAAAAACGUCAAGGAGACUGUUGACGCACCAGCACCCUCGCCAGUGAAAGAACCAGUAACCCAAGACUCAGACGACGACUUGGACGACUUGUUGGACGAGUUUGACGAGCAAAUCUUGAGUAAACCCCCGGGAACUGAACCUGCAGCACCGGCUGCCGAGCCAAGCCUGCUCAAUGAUGAGUUGAAACAUGAUAUCGACAGUCUUAUCAAGGACCUCAACAUUGAAGAUCCGCAAGCAAAGAGCCAGUUUGAAGAGUUGGUCAAGCAAUUCGAGGAUGUCCAUGCAAAGGAGGCCGAGGCCGCACAAAAGCCAGAAAACUUCAACACAGUGAUGAAAGAGACCAUGGAGAGACUCAAAAAGUCGGGCCAGAACAUUGACGAACAGUUGAAGAGCGACCCGUCGUCGUCUAACCCGGAGGAUAUGCUCUCACAGCUUUUGGCUGGGCUCGGAAGCGGCGCGGAAGGCGACUUUGAUAUGUCUAAACUCUUGACAGAUAUGUUGGAGCAGUUGUCCUCGAAGGAUGUGUUGUUCGAGCCCAUUAAAGACCUUAAUACGAAGUUCCCCGAAUUCCUCCAACAAAACAAGGGAAAGAUUCCAGAGGAGGAUCACACCCGCUUCAGCAAGCAAUAUGAGAUCACCAAUGAAAUCCUAGCCGUGUUCGAAGGCCCUGCCUACGAUAAUGAGAACCUUGAGCACAGAGAAAAGAUCAAUACUUUGCUAGAAUCUCUUCAAGAGCUCGGCAACCCACCUACCGAAUUGGUUGGCGAUGAGAAGGACUUCCCUGGCUUUGGAGGUUUGGGUGGAGGUGCAAAUGGAAUGGAUUUCGACUCGAAGGAUUUGCCACAGGAUUUCGAAAAAGAGCUCGAGGAGGGUUGCAAGCAAACUUAA